AUGGCAGAAAUCUUGCAUUUGCUGGAAUCAAAGGUGACUGAGCUGCAAAGGGCAGAGACUUCCCAAGAAUUAAAACUUCACCUUCGUGAUUUCCGGCGAUUAUGGGAGUUGGCCCGUGUGGAACUCGAAUACUCGUCUGUGAGCUUGGAUUUAACUUUGCGCUAUGAAAAAUCAGUUCAGGAGUAUUUGCGAUUAAGAAGGCGAUUCAGAGACAAGGUUGCAGCUGGGAUUCCUUGGGUGUCCAUUGUGUCGGAAGUGAGCGCUCUUGCUGAGGAGUCUCAGGAAUCUCAGGAUCCACCAUCUGGAAAGACUGAAGUUAUAGGGCAGGAAGAACCUGAGCUUGCGACGACCGAUGAUAUGCACUUGACAAGUGCAAGCCAAGUGACUACUGCAAUGAGGGACCUUCAUGUACAAAUGGUUCAAGCGGUGGACGUGAGUGCAGCAAAUUCCAAUGAACUUGCUUCAAGUACUACUUUAUUGGAGAGCUUACAGGAAAAAUAUUUUAGUGUCGAAGACGUGUUGCAUGCAAGCAAAAAUAUAAUGAGAUCGCUCAAAUUAAAUGACCGGAAAGAUUAUUAUCUUGUUAUUUCAGGUUUCGGCUUCUUUGUCUUUGUUGUGUUUUAUCUUGUAUGGAAAAGGAUUGUUUGGCCGAUUAUAUCCAUGUUUUUCUGGUUUUUAAGGUGA